CUAGAAGUUCGGUCGAGCGGUAGUGUUCCGCUGUUGUCGGUGUGUGAUUUUUUUAUGUAACCUACGGCAAAUUUUGAAACGGGGAGACGUCGUCGUCGUUGGCUGUUAAUCGAAUUAAGUUCCAGCAGUGAGCCUUGCGGUGUGCGUCGUUCCGUUGUUCUUUGUUCUUCGUAACAAAAACAUUUCCGAUUGUGACUUAGUUCAUUUUAGAGUUCAGAGCAGUUUGGAUAUUCAGUGGUUGUUUAGUGGCUAAGUAGGCUCUGGAAAAUAAAUCCCCAGGCCGGCGCGAUGAAUCGGGAAGAUCCAGAGGACAGUCCCGUCGAAAUGACAGUGGAAACGAUUUCUCCGACUGCGUCUGAUAUUGGUUCCAUGUCGGACUCGCCGGCGCACAGACCGGAUAAAAAGAAGAAAAAGCGUGGAUUGUCAUUCAAAAAGAUUAAAAGUAAUGCUCAAAAGCUCAUGCCAAGUAGAAAAAAGGAAGACAAAUCUGAAGAAACCCCUUCUCAGUUGGAAGAAACAGAUUCACAGUCUUCGUCACCUCCUACGCCUAUGCUCAAAGAACUUGUGUCUACUGAGAGCCUACCAGCGAUCAAGGAAGAGCAUCCCGUCUUACAAACAACAAGGUCAAUUGAUGAAAUCUUAGGAGACAGAAGAGCCAAAAAAGCGCGCAAACCAAAUCGCGCGGCAACUUUUGUUAAGAAAAUUGCAGGUCGCAAAAGCAAAGUGGCUCCAAACCCAAAGAAUGCGUCAUCAUUCGAAGAUGACCACUCUGCUUCGACGACGGAGACUCCGCUGAGUAUCAAAAGACGUACUCCGGAAGGAGCCAAUCUCAGCGUGUCCGAAAACAGCUUGUACGAAGGUGACAAGCCCGCUGGCAGUUUCAAAAUAGAACAACUCGACAGUGAGCCCAAAGUGGUGGGUACCAAUUUAUCGAAAAGUACCGAAACAAAAAUCACAUUGACCGGUGGUAAAACAGAAAGCUCGACCAGUGCGGGCGAAGGAAGUUCUAAGGCUUCUUCCGGUAUUCAGUUACCAGCGUCGGCUUCGGCUGGUGCCGAGUCACCUUCAUCGGCUUCGUCAUCAUCGACGAGCGGCAUUGAUAAAGCGAACCUCGUCUCAGUCGCAAGUGUUGGUGAAUCGAAGACAGUCGCACCCGGUACCGCAGCCGCCUCGGUCGGUUCUAAUAAACCAAUUAGUGUCACUCGUCCAUCAAAAGUGAUCACCACCGCCAUCGAGGACAACGUCGCCAUUUCUUCCGAUAACAAAAUUACCAUAAGCUCUCUUCUCAGUGGAGACUACAUCGCCGAAAUUAACAAAUUGUCAAUCGAUAAAAUAAGCACCGUUGCCAAUAGUGAUCAAGCACCGCCCACUUCGCGCGAAAAAUUCUUCAAGUCAAAUCCUUUCGUGGCAACUGCCUCCAUCGACAAGCGAGGCUCACUUUCUCGAGAAGAAACGGACAACGCGGUUGAAACCCUCGAAGUGAAUGACAACGUGCUGAAAUCUCUCGUCGCGCCAAAAUUGUCUUCGGAAUCAACCGCCGAAAAACUGAAAAAUAUUUUUAUGAAGAAGGACAAUCAGAAAAAGACUUCCGCUGCCACCCCUUCGUCGGAACCAUCUUCCUCCACGGAAACUCCCGUUCUAACCACCGUUCGCACCCAGGAAGCCGCCAAACCGUACCAAAUCGGAAAUAACAUAAAAAAUCCAAAUCUUUCCGGUUUCAAAGAAUCCGCGUCCGAAGAUCCGAAAUCAUCGACCGCAAUUAGCGACGGUGACGGCGGCGGUGAUGCAAUAGUUUUCAAAGUCGGUAGCCAAGUUCGCCCGGAUCGUACGUCCAGCGCCUCCAAGUCGGCAAAAGCAACCCUGCUGACACCGAUCGUUGACAGUGCAAUCCCAUCCGGUAGCUUCAAUCAGUCGAGAUCGCUCGACGAGUACGGAUCGCUCGAGGCCGAACGAAGGGGAUCGACGUCGUUCGACGAGAGUCCGCUCAGUGAGAAUUCGCGCCGAAGGAUUGCAUACGUGGCGCAACCGACGUUGUUCACACCGGAAGAGGAGGAACUGGUCAGUGGGCGGCCGUCGCUGCUGUCUAGCAUUGCUGCGGGGAGUUCGCUGGACUCGGAAGACUAUCUGGAGAGCAAAAUGUCGCCGCAUGGGGAUUUACUGCUGGACAAGAGUGACAAUCUGUCAAACAUGUCCACGGCGCCAACGGAAAAACGUGAGCACCUGUACAAAAUCCUGGUGAUUGGGGAACUGGGCACCGGCAAAACAUCCUUCAUCAAACGCUACGUACACCAGUUCUUCAGUCAAAACUACCGGGCCACAAUCGGAGUGGACUUUGCGCUGAAAGUGCUGAACUGGGACCAGAACACAAUCAUCCGGUUACAACUAUGGGACAUUGCCGGUCAGGAACGAUUCGGAAACAUGACCCGCGUCUACUACAAGGAAGCCGUUGGAGCGUUCAUUGUGUUCGACGUGACGCGAAGUGCCACCUUCGAUGCGGUCAUCAAAUGGAAGCAGGAUCUCGACUCGAAAGUGCAACUGCCGGAUGGGAAGCCCAUUCCGUGUAUAUUGUUGGCAAAUAAAAGUGAUCAACAGAAGCAAGGUAUUGUCACGACACCGGCCAAAUUAGAUGAAUAUGUGAAAGAGCACGGCUUUGCCGGCUGGUUUGAAACGUCCGCCAAGGAGAAUGUGAACAUUGAAGAAGCUGCCAAAUCUUUAGUCAAUAAGAUCCUGACGAAUGACAAGCAGACGAACGCGGGAGAGAUCGUGGACUCGGAUCGGUUUGCGCUCGCUGGUGGGAGUAAGGAUUUAAAUCAGAAGAAAAACUGUGCCUGCUGACCAUAUGCUGCCCUCAUAUGGCCCAGUGUCUGCUUUACUCGAUUUUAUGUUUUUAAUGUUAUGGAUUAUUUUAUACGUCUAAUAUAUACAACAAACCCUGUACAGGGACGCAGAAGAAGCUAUGAAAAGGUUAAACUAAUUUGCAAAUGAUCCAGCCAAAAAUUAAAAUAGAAAACGAUUGCAAGUGUUAAGAUGUUUGAUGUUCAGUGAGAUUUUGCGAAAACAACUAAACAACAUAUAAGUGUGCACCUCCAAAAUCACAAAAAGGAAGGUGAUGCUGAAAUUGAUGUAUUCUAAACGAGAGAAACGUUGAUACAAAUUAAGUACACAUUUACUGGAACCGUCUCGCGCUGAAGCUUUUAUACAUUUGAGAUAUUGUUAUUGAAAGAGGAAAAAAAGCAUGCAAAAUAAAAAUAACAACUUGUUGGAUAUAUUGAACGCUA